AUGAACGUGUAUUACUGCCGACUAAUCCAUGUGCGCCGCGCGCUGCCUGGUCGGUCGAUAAACAUAUGGGCAUUUAAAAACUUGUGUAUAAAAGUUUGGCGCGAUGACAAACGAAGAUCGCUUGAUGAUGAAUGGUGCGGCCGAAAGAUCCAGUGGUCGAUCAACCGAGAUCGAGCGAAAGAUUUCGAAAUCGAGACCUGGAAAAGUAGUCACUCGUCGUUCAUGGCUGUCGUCCGCCCAAGCGGUCUUUCGAUUGUAAAGUAUAAAUUAUUGCGCCUCGAAAAACUUUGCGACGAGACUCGAAAACCCUCAUGCUUCGAGUCAACAACGGUGAGGAACGGCUACGGCUAUCGACAGGGUCAGAGUCGUUGCCAGAGUCAGGGAAACAACAUCGCGCGCGAGUGCUUAAUCAAGGUUCUACGAGGAGAGGCUACACCCUCGCGUUGA